AACAAUCAUAAUGUUUUUCAAAAUGUUCAAAUGGACAGCUUUGUUGUUGUCAAUUGUUAUCGUGGUUACCAAUGCAAACGAUAUAAAACAUACAGAAAUUAUUGAACAUUUAUUCAAUAAAAAUGAUUUAAAAACAUUGAAAAAUGUUCGACCAAAUUUUGAACAAAACAAAACGGUUAAUGUAAAUGUAACGAUGUAUGUAAUGGAUAUUGGAUUAGCUUCACCGGAUUCAAUGAAUUUUAUGAUUGAUUUUUAUUUUCGACAAAUAUGGUAUGAUCCAAGAUUAAUGUUCGAAAAUGAUUUUGAAAAUAUUGAUUAUGUUGUAAUGACAUCGAAACAAUCCGAAUCAAUUUGGAUACCCGAUACAUUCAUAACAACAGCUAAACAACUUGAUACACAUGCACAAAAUUCAUUUAGCGAUGGUAAUCGUUUUAUACGUAUUAAAUCAAAUGGUCAAGUAUUUUAUAGUCAUCGUUUAACGGCGAUUGUAAAUUGUGCCAAUCGUAUUGGCUAUUUUCCAUCCGAUCAUCCUGUUUGCAAAUUAGAAAUUGAAAGUUAUGGAUUUUCAGCAAGUGAUAUUCUAUAUAAAUGGAUUGAUGAUUCGGUAUUGAUUGAUUCAUCACCACCAUCAUUGAUUGGAUUUAAAAUUAUUAAAAACAAUUCGGAUGAUAAUAAAAAUGAUCAUAAUGUUAUUGAACAUAAGGAGGAAAGAAUUAAAUUAUCCACUGGAACAUAUAGCCGAUUGAUUGCCAAAAUACAUUUAGAACGUAAAUGUGGUUAUUUUUUGUUUCACAUAUAUCUACCAUCAAUAAUGCUUGUCAUAUUAUCAUGGAUGUCAUUAUGUAUCGAUCCAAUUGAACGUUCAACAGCAAGAAUAUUAAUCGGUAUAUUUACAUCAUUAGGUAUAUUGAUUAUAAUGUUUGGUGUUACAACAACAAUUUCUCGUCCAAAUGAAUAUUCAUUAACUGCAAUCGAUAUAUAUGUAUUUGUUUGUAUGUUAAUGAUUUUUAUAUCAUUCAUAUCGUCUGUAUCACGUUGUCCACAUGGUGAUAAUGGUAAAUCAUAUCAAUUAGAACAAGGACAAAUCGUUCGACAACAUUCAAUGAAUCUUUAUUCAAGAAUUGUAAUGCCAAUGAUAUUUAUUCUAUUCAAUAUAUCAUAUUGGUUAACAUUAUGGUUAGCUAAAUAAUGUUUU